AGGGCGGUAAGAUCAAUCACGGUCAGUAGCUUACCAAUUUCUUCCGAAGCUACUUCCUCCUAUUAGAGUUCACCGGAAAGAAGAAACCCAGUUGCUCUGGGUAGCGACGAUUCUAGCUGUGUAUAUUAAAGUGUCAAACCCCGUCAAGUUGGCUUUACACUGCAGAGAAUUUUUUGUUUCUUUGUUGAUAGAUUGUGCAGUAAAAAUAGUUCUUUCGUAGAAAAGUAAAAGUUUGAUAUUCCACCCUUUGAUUUCCCAAGCCACAAAAUCUUGUUGCGCCGCGCUUUCCGUCGUCCUUGCGGACCAGUUGUCUGUCAGCAGCACUACUUUACCCGGGACCAGAGCCGGUUUCGUUCUUCGCUACCGGCGGAAAAGACGAACAAUAUCAUGCCGGGCGAGGAGGGUGUAACGAUUUCCGUGCAGUACUGCGGAGGCUGAGGCUACAAACGGCACUAUGUUGCGGCCCGGGAAAAGCUGGAGGCCGCGCUGGCGCCCGAAGGGGUAGACGUGAAAAAGCUGAAAUGGGAUGUUGUUGCAGAUCCGGGAGUUACCGGUACCACUUAAAUAUCAAUCUCCCUUCAAUUCGCUUCUGUGCACGCAAUCCAGGUGUCUGGCAAUGUAUUUCGCACGAUGAUUUGGAUUAGAACGAAGCGCGCUGUUCAUGAAAGAAACAUGAACAAUAUCAACAGGCAACUUCGAGGUGAAGGU